GUUUAAAUUACUUGCUGUUUAAUGGCUUCAUGGGAACACGGAGUUGAUUGUCAUUUGGGCUACGUCUGCUUCCUAAUUUCUUUUUUACCUCUCAUUCUUCCACAUUUCAAUGUAUUUCGAUGCUUUAUCAAUUUUUUUCGAAGUAUGGAGUCUAUUUAUUUUCGUUAUGAUUCAGUUUGAUGUAUGCCUCUAUGUACCGUAGGGCAUCUUAUGUCCAAUUUAAUCGCCAGUCUGAACUCAAAGGAAAAUGAAAAAGAAAAAAAGAAAGAAAAGAAAUCUGGAAAUCAUUGGUACUUUGGUACAGGCUAUAGAGUCAGUGGUUCAACCUUAUGUACGACAGCUGUCUGUUUCGUGUUGCAUUGUUCCCUUCUGAGGCUAAUAUAGAAGCUUAAGCAUACUUGUCUUGCUUUUCAAAAUUCUUCUGAAUGUCUAAUUAUUGGAUUAAUUAUUAACUUAUUCUGGAAUGUUUGCUCUGCUUCGUUGCUGCUUUAACUGCUACAAGUUUAUCAAAGAUGGCAUUCAUGAUGAGGACUACUUAUUGCCAAAAGAAAAAGAUUAUGUUGCAUUAAAUUAUUUUGACUACAAUUUGCCGUUGAUGCUACGCUGCUAUCAUCUAUGGAUACGCUCACUGUUCUCAGCCAGGAGGAUUGUUAUUAAUGGAUAGUAGUUAAUCACCCUUUAUUUUACUUGUAUUAAGAAAUUGAGAAAGUUUUGAUCCCAGUUGCAUCAUUAUACUUAUGAACAAUUUUUUCUUCCUUCAGAGUGAGGAAGGAGACACUGAAGUAACAUAAAUACGAAGAUGGACCAGCCUAAUCCAAAUAAAAAUUUUGAUAGCUCUGGAGACAUCCCUUUGAAGCGCAAGCGUGGUCGUCCAAGGAAAUACCCGAAACCAUAUGCAGAGGGGAAUGCCCACAUCUCCUCCCAUGUCCCAAAUGUUCAGAGUGUAAACCAGAAUCCAGUUGGUGCAGGAAAUGCUGGUGUUCCUCCAGGAUUUGACAGGGCUAAUGGAAGUCAGCCCCAUCGAAGGGACGUAGGAAAUGAAUUGAAUGAUCCCAUGAUUGGUCAGGUCGUUUUGUGUAUUGAGGCAGUAUUUGAUGCUGGAUAUUUGCUCAGUGCUAAAGUGGGUAACUCCAAUACUACUUUAAGGGGUCUUGUCCUAAAGCCUGGACAUUAUGCUCCUAUUUCGGCUGAAAAUGAUGUGGCACCGGAUGUUCCAAUGAUCCAAAGAAAUGAGGUUCCAUUCUCUACAUAUGCUCAGAACUCUCACCGAAAAGAAAGAAAUAAGCACCAUGUCAAUAUUCAUAGAAAUAUCGGUCAUACAAUGAAAGGAUCACCACCUGUCAGUCAGUCAUCUAGAGAAGCAGUUAGCUCCAGUAAUUUGGUUGCUUCUCAUGGCAAGAAUCAGCAGUCAAUGGAAAGACAAACUAAUUCUCUACUAUCUAGAGGUAAUGUGGUCCCUGUCACACUCCAACCUGUUAAUUCGCAGAAUGGGGUUAUGGUUUCCAAUCAAUCAUCUCGAGUCAUGACUCAAGCUGGACUAGUAAGCACGCCAAGUGUUGCCAAAGAAAUUCUUGCUGAUAGAAACCAAAUGCUGAUUUCUCAAACUCCAUCUAGCCAAAAUGUGUUGCCGAGAGCAAUGCAAAAUGAAGAUGCUUCCCGUAAUCUAUCUUCAGCUGAGGUUCAAAGCAAAGUGGAGGCCAAACAAUGAGACAGCCUGGCAUACCUUUUGAGAAGCUGGUUACUGAGGCUGCUAGGAGAAUCGAAGCUCCAUCUGAAUCCAUAGAUAUUGACACUAACAACAGCAAGUCAGUAGAAAAUUAUCUUUAAAGGAUUCCAGCAGCUUCCAGGAAGAGAAAAUUAAUGAUGUCAGCCUGCCACUUUUGAUAAAGCCUUUACAAGCUGUACAAACUGUUGCUCAGGAGCAUUCUGCACCUGCUUCCAGGCCUUCUGAAACUGGUGAAGCAGGCAAAGUGAUUGACCCGCCACAGGAGAACAGAAUUGAGAAUCAGCCCCGCCAAAUAGAACAGCUGGAUUCUGGAAACAAGAUGGAUAGCAUUUAUAAAGGCGAAGUUGAUGAAAAAACCAGUCAACCAGCAUAACUCACGAUUUUAAACUUUCCUUAGCCUGGUUGGUUGAUAAUGUUGCCAUUAUCAGCUAUUGCCACGGCAGGUUUAUUGAUUGUUGUAAAGUAGGCAAACCAGCGUAUAUUUAAAUAUUUAGGGAUUGAAUGAUCCGUGCUCAAUUCUUGAGGUACUGGCUUGGGUUAAACCUGCAUGCCUUGUCAGGUUUGUGGAGAAAACUGGAUAGGGAACUAAUUUCCUUACAUGGCCUUUGAUAGGUAAAAAUUUUGUUGUGUAUUGAAACCAAUUGCACGAAUGGUAUCAUUCUGUACUUUGUGUUUUAUACUUUGAAAUUUUAUUUUUAUUCUUAAA